AUGUCUUGUCUAUUACGCUGUCGUUUUCUCUUUCCAGGGAGCUGCGCAGAUGUGGAGGAUAGUGACGGAACCGAGCGUCGAAAUACGACUAGCCCGGUGCGACCGGAUUCGCCGGAAAACAAAUCCCGGUGGAACAGUUCCACAUCAAACGCGACUGGACCAAACGAGACCACCGUGCCUGCUUUCCUUGUGGAACAAUUGGAACAACUCAACCUGGAUGAAUCGAACGACACAGAGGAUUCGGAAGAAUCCCUUCUCACUCGGGCCAGCCGAUUGGCUCAGAUCCCUUUACAAGCUUCCAGUUUGAGUCAGUUAGGUGUGAAUCACGGGGACUCAGUUUGUGAUCUGUAUUCCUGUUUGUCUCUGUUCACCGCACCGGAACAUCUGGACGGCACGAAUCGUAUCGUGUGUCCUCAGUGCAACAAACAUCCGAAUGGGCGUGGUGAUCAGGCGAGUACGGACGAUACCAAGUCUCAGAAUCAAGUUCUUACCGAUGCAAUCCGGAGGGAUUUGGUAUUACAACCGCCUGCAUUGCUCACCAUUCAUUUGAAACGUUUUCAACAGAUUGGAGUCCAUAUACGAAAAUCUCAAAAACGCGUCAUUUUCCCGUUACUGCUUGAUCUGAGUCCGUUCUGUUCCGCCCUGUAUUUGUCCCAGUCGCGAUCUGUUCAAUACCGAUUGUACGGUGUUGUUGAGCAUCUCGGCCACAUGGCCUGCGGACAUUAUGUGGCCUAUGUGGCCGUCCAAACCAAUCCCGAUUUAAAGGAACCGGAUUCGCAAACACUGAAUGGUAACAGCUCGGCAGAGUUUAUCAAACGUUUUGUCGGCCAAUUAGAUAUUGCACCCAAAUGGCCAAUGACCACACAUGAUCUCCUGCAACGUUGGCGUCGGUGUGAUCGGAAUCGUCUGUCCGAGUCCAUUGAGGAAACCAAAUCCCUUGUCGGUGAUAUGCUAGGCUCAUCCGGAUUACACGGUGAGCCGUCCGCGGAGCCAACGCACUUGCCUAGUCAAGCCGCAUCGGAGCAUGACAGUGCCAACUCGGAGGAGACCACCGAUACACGAACGUGGUUUCGUUGUUCCGACGAGCAUAUCGAUCAGGUGCCGUUGAUGAAAGUGUUACAGUGCCAGGCCUAUGUUCUAUUUUAUGAACGUAUCAGAUGA